AUGGCGGCCUCUGGUGGCGAUCGGUUCGGCGUGCCCACCGCGUUUGGCUCGGGAAUUGAGCUCACCACGGUAACCAGCGACGAUGAUCAGAUGUGGGGCGCGGGGAAAGGGCUCCUGGAGAACGGGCAGCAGACCAUGCUGCAGAGAGUGCGGCAGAGGGUCAGCCACCGGCCGCUCGCGACCAUUCUCAUCGGCAUCACAGGCUUGCUGCUGCUUGCACUGGUGGCAGCCGCGGCAUACAGCAGCGGGCGGCACAGCGUGGCGCUGGGGGUCACUGGCUGCGCUGGCAUCUCGCAGCCGACCACACCGGGCGACACCGUGGCACCAGAGGGCAGCAUCAGCAGCAGCUUUGAGGCGCAGCACGACUUCCGCGGCCGGCCGCGCAGCGUGGCAGCGCGGGGCGGCGUGGUGGCCGCAGACCACGGCCGCUGCAGCGACAUAGGCGCCGAGGUGCUGCGAGAUGGCGGCAAUGCCGUGGAUGCUGCUGUGGCCACGGUGCUGUGCCAGGGCAUCUACAACCCCAUGGCCAGCGGCGCGGGCGGCGGCCACUUCAUGCUGAUCAGGCGAGCGCCCUGCGGGGCUGCCAAGGAGCUCCAGCAUGCCACCGAAUGA